AAAGAAAAGGCUGCGAAAGACGCAGAGAAGCAGGCCAUUCUGGCCAGUGAGGCAGCACAGAAAUGCAGUGCCGCAGAGCAAAAAGCCCAAGAUGUUCUCAGCAAGAAUAAGGAAGACGUUCUUGCUCAGCAAAAGCUGAAAGAUGAGUUUGAAAAUGCUAAGAAACUUGCUGAAGCAGCUGAGAAAGCCAAAGAGAAGGCAGAGAACGAGGCUGCCCUGCUCCGUCAAAAAGCAGAGGAGGCUGAAAAACUGAAAAAAGCUGCAGAGGAUGAAGCGGCAAAACAGGCCAAAGCACAAAAAGAUGCAGAGAGACUGAGGAAAGAAGCAGAAGAGGAAGCCUCCAAGCGAGCGGCAGCUGAAGCAGCAGCUCUAAAGCAGAAGAAGCAGGCUGAUGCUGAGAUGGCCAAGCACAAAAAAGAAGCAGAACAAGCACUUAAGCAGAAGUCUCAGGUUGAGAAGGAACUUACAAUGGUGAAACUGCAGCUGGAUGAGACCGAUAAGCAGAAAGUUGUGUUGGAUGAGGAGCUUCAGCGAGUUAAAGGUGAAGUAAAUGAUGCCAUCAAGCAAAAGGCACAGGUGGAGGAUGAACUGUCCAAAAUUAAGAUCCAGAUGGAUGAGCUCCUGAAACUUAAGCUUAAAAUUGAGAAAGAAAACCAGCGCCUGAUGCAGAAAGACAAAGAUGAUACACAGAAAUUACUUGCAGAGGAAGCAGAGAAAAUGAAGAGCCUGGCGGAGGAAGCUGCCAGACUUAGUGUGGAAGCUGAGGAGGCUGCCAGACAGAGACAGAAUGCUGAGUCUGACUUAGCUGAACAGAGGGCACUUUCAGAGAAAAUGCUAAAGGAGAAAAUGCAGGCCAUCCAAGAGGCUACCAAACUGAAAGCUGAGGCAGAGGAGCUCCAGAAACAAAAGAACCAGGCUCAGGAAAAGGCUAAAAAACUACUAGAGGACAAUCAACAGAUCCAGCAGCGACUUGAUAAGGAGACAGAGGGCUUUCAAAAAUCAUUGGAGGCUGAGCGAAAGAGGCAGCUGGAAGUUUCUGCUGAAGCAGAGAAACUGAAAUUGAGGGUUAAAGAGCUCAGUGACGCUCAGGCAAAAGCCGAAAAGGAGGCUAAGAAAUUCAAGAAACAAGCUGAUGAAGCAAAAGUGCGCCUUCAAGACACAGAAAAACAAACUACAGAAACUGUUGUGCAGAAGUUGGAGACACAGAGGCUACAGAGCACCAGAGAGGCUGAUGACUUGAAGAAAGCCAUCGCUGACCUUGAAAAAGAGAAGGAGAAACUGAAAAAAGAGGCAGAGGAGCUUCAGAAAAAAUCAAAAGAGAUGGCAAAUGCCCAACAAGAACAAAUUGAGCAAGAGAAGGCCAUUCUUCAGCAGUCCUUCUUCGCAGAGAAGGAACUGUUGUUGAAAAGAGAAAAGGCCGUUGAAGAUGAGAAAAAGAAGCUGCAGAAACAGUUUGAGGAUGAAGUGAGCAAGGCUAAAGCUCUCAAAGAUGAACAAGAACGUCAGCGGAAGCUAAUGGAAGAGGAGAGGAAGAAACUUCAGACCAUUAUGGAUGAAGCUUUAAAGAAGCAAAAGGGGGCUGAAGCAGAGAUGAAUCACAAGCAGAAAGAAAUUGAAGUGCUUGAAAAGAAAAGGCUUGAACAAGAAAAACUCCUAGGAGAGGAAAACAAAAAGCUCAGAGAGAAGCUUCAGAGUCUUGAGGUUGCCUCCAAACAGGGUGCAUCCAAAACGAAGGAAAUUGAAGUCCAGACUGAUGAGGUUCCAGAGGAGCAGUUAGUUGCCAUGACAAUGGUGGAAACAACAAAGAAAGUGUUAAAUGGCUCGGUUGAAGUGCAUGCAGCAAAGAAAGAUGGAGAAUCACCUUUAGCAUUUGAAGGACUUAGAGAGAAAGUUCCUGCUGAAAGGCUUCAUGAAAUUGGUGUUCUGACCAAAAAAGAAUUUGACAAAUUGAAAAAGGGCAAAGUCUCUGUGCAAGACCUCGGAAAGACUGAUAAAGUUAAAUCAUGUCUUAAGGGUCAGAGCAGUGUUGGAGGUGUUUUGACUCCAUCCAAAGAGAAAAUGAGUGUUUAUCAGGCUAUGACUGAGAAAAAGAUUACUCCUAACACUGCCACAAUGCUCCUGGAAGCUCAAGCAGCUUCUGGUUACAUGGUAGAUCCAGUGAAAAAUAAACUCCUCUCUGUAGAUGAGGCUGUUAAAGAGGAGUUAAUAGGCCCUGAGCUCCAUGACAGGAUGCUCUCUGCAGAACGAGCAGCCACUGGCUUCAAAGAUCCCUAUACUGGGGCCAAAAUAUCUCUAUUUGAGGCCAUGAAGAAGGGACUUAUUGAAAAAGAGCAGGCCAUCAAAUUCCUAGAUGUACAGCUUGCAACUGGUGGCAUCAUUGACCCCAUCAAUAGUCAUAGAGCACCACUUCAGACUGCUUACAAGCAGGGUCAGUUUGAUGCAGACAUGAACAAGAAACUCACUGACCCCAGUGACGAUUGCAAAUUAUUCAUUGACCCCAGCACUCAGGAGCAACUCACUUACCAACAGUUACUGGAGAAAUGCACCAAAGAUGCAGAGACAGGACUGCUGAUAUUACCAGUAACAGAGCAAGCUGCUCAAACUGAGAGAACAUGCACAGAUCUGGAGACUGAAGAAGUGUUCAGUAAAUCAACCCUUGUUGUGCCUUUUGGAAGGUUCAAAGGCAAAAAUGUCACCAUUUGGGAAGUCAUAAAUUCAGAAUAUUUCACUGAAGUGCAAAGAAGAGAAUUGAUUCGCCAGUACAAGACAGGCAAGAUCACAGUAGAGAAGAUUAUUAAAAUUGUCAUCACUGUUGUGGAAGACAAGGAGAAGAGCAAUGAAAAUGUGUUUAAUGGUUUAAAGGCUCCAGUCUCUGCCAGUGAACUGUUAGAGUCUAAGAUUAUAAACAAAGACUUGUUCAAUAAGUUGAGUAAUGGCAAGAUAACAGUUAAAGAGAUCUCUGAGAUGGAGCCUGUGCGGAAGGCAUUACAAGGAACACCAAGCAUUGCUGGACUGUGGAAUGAGCCAACCAAAGAGAAAAUGCCUUUCUAUCAAGCUAUGAAGAAAGAAUUACUGUCACCAGAAACUGUGGUGAACCUUCUCGAAGCUCAAGCAGCAACUGGUUUUGUAAUCGAUCCUGUCAAGAAUGAGAGGGUCUCUGUUGAUGAAGCUGUAAAGUCAGGUCUUGUGGGACCAGAACUGCAUGAACGACUUCUGUCAGCAGAGAGAGCUGUCAGCGGCUACAAAGAUCCAUAUACAGGAAAAAAUGUGUCUCUGUUUGAAGCCAUGAACAAAGGCCUUAUAAAGAAAGACCAUGGCAUUCGUCUGCUUGAGGCACAACUAGCAACAGGUGGAAUUAUUGACCCUGUUAAAAGCUAUCACAUCCCACAUGAGGUUGCCUGCAAGCGUGGAUAUUUUGAUGAGGAAAUCAGCAAGACCUUGAACAAAAACACUGAUGAAACAAAGGUCUUUUAUGAUCCUAACUCGCAAGAGGAUUCAACCUAUGCUCAGCUCAUGAAUAAAUGCAUCACAGACAAAGAAACUGGACUCCCGUUGCUUCCUCUUUCAAAGAAGGCUGCAAAGCCAAAAGAAGACAAACAGAUUACAGAGGCUAAAACAAAAGAGGCUUUGAACCAAACAAUGGAGCUGGAUUAUGGUCCUUUCAAAGGAAGAAAAGUCACAAUUUGGGAGAUCAUACACUCUGAGUACAUCACUGAGGAGCAAAGAAUAGAGCUGAUUCGCCAGUACAGAAUGGGGCAGGUGACAAUUGAAAAGUUGAUAAAGAUUGUGAUAACAAUUGUUGACGAAAAAGAGGAAAAACCAAAAGAAGAUGCUGGUUUUGAAGGCCUUAGGGCACCAGUCACUGCCCGAUCUUUACUUGAUUCCAACAUCAUUGAUAAGGCUACAUUUGACCAACUGCAGCAGGGUAAAAAGACACCUAAAGAAGUUAGUGAAACUGAUAAGGUUCGGAAGUACUUGCAGGGCACAGACCGCAUUGAUGGUAUCACUAUAGAAGAUUCAAAUGAGAAGUUAAGCAUAUAUCAAGCAAUGAAAAGGAAUGUUUUGCAACAAAACACUGGGCUUGCACUACUUGAGGCCCAAGCUGCAACUGGUUUCAUAACUGAUCCAGUCAAAAAUCUGAAAUACUCUGUGGAUGAUGCUGUGAAAGAUGGAGUUGUUGGUCCAGAGCUUCAUGAGAAACUUCUCUCAGCUGAAAAAGCAGUGACGGGAUACAAAGAUCCGUAUACAGGCAAUAAGAUUUCUCUAUUCCAAGCCAUGAAGAAAGAGCUAGUUCUGAGGGAGCAGGCUAUUCCUCUCCUGGAAGCUCAGUUUACCACAGGAGGUAUCAUUGAUCCAGUCAGCAGCCAUCGUGUUCCCAAUGAUGUGGCGAUUCAGCGUGGCUAUUUGAGUAAACAAAUGUCAAAGUCUUUCAAUGAACCCUCAGGUGACAUUAAAGGCUUCACCAAUCCCAACACCAAUGAAAGUGUUACUUACAAGCAGUUGGUGGAGAAAUGUGUAAGAGAUCCCAUCUCUGGUCUGUGCUACCUGCCUCUGUCAAAGGUUGAAGCUCCUGCUCCUGUUGAAAAAUCUUAUCAGUACACAGAGGAUCAAGCCCAAACAGCUCUAGCUAACACUCAAAUUGAGAUCCCUCAUAAGAGUUUUGCAGGAAAGACUACGACCAUUUGGGAAGUCAUGAAUUCUAAUAUGCUUCCAGAAGAGGAGAGACGCCGCCUCAUGGAGCAGUAUCGCUUGGGGCAAAUCACAAAGGAAAGAAUGUUAAUCAUCAUCAUUGAAAUCAUUGAACAAAGGGAGACACUAAAGUCAGAGCAGAGCAUGUCAUGUGAUGUAAUCAGAAGAAGAAUUACUAUUGAGGAGCUGUACAGUGCUCGAAUCAUUGAGUUGCACACAUACAACCUCUUAAAACAAGAAAAGAUGAAUAUCCGUGAAGUCAUGGAAAUGCCAUCAGUAAAACAGUACCUGUUUGGGACGGGUUGCAUUGCUGGAAUUAUGUCAGACAGUCCUCCGAAGAUAAGCAUUUACCAGGCUAUGAAGAGCGGAAAGAUUAAGCCUGAAGUUGCUUUGAAUCUCCUGGAGGCCCAAGCAGCAACAGGAUUCAUGAUCGAUCCAGUGAAAGAUGAACUUCUAACAGUUGAUGAAGCUGUACGCAAGGGGCUUGUGGGCCCUGAACUUCAUGACAAACUUCUCUCUGCUGAAAGAGCGGUUACAGGGUACAAGGAUCCAUACAGUGGGAAAGUGAUUUCCCUCUUCCAGGCAAUGAAAAAAGAACUUGUUCCUGAGGAUUAUGCCUUGAGACUUUUGGAGGCCCAGAAUGCCACUGGUGGAUUAAUGGAUCCUGAAUACUACUUCCACCUCCCCAUAGAUGUUGCCAUGCAACGUGGAUACAUCAACAAGGAGACACUUGACAGAAUAUCUGAACCUACUGGGGAUGUGCGAGGUUACAUUGAUCCAGUGGCAGAUGAAAAACAGUCCUAUGCUCAGCUACUGAAAAGAUGCAGAGUUGACAAAGAAAGUGGUUUGCGGCUACUUUCACUGGCAGAUAGAAGACUUCUCUUCAAGGGUCUCAGAAAGCAAAUCACUGUGGAUGAGCUGCUUCGUUCACAGAUUAUCAACCAAAAGACAUACAACGACCUCACUGAGGGUAUCAUUACAGUGGAGGAGGUCAGCAGAGACCUGAAGAAAUACCUUGAGGGUACCAGUUGCAUUGCUGGUGUGUAUGUAGAAUCUAGCAAAGACCGUCUGUCUAUUUACCAAGCAAUGAAGAAGAACAUGAUCAGACCAGGAACUGCGUUUGAGCUCCUUGAGGCUCAAGCUGCCACAGGAUAUGUAAUUGAUCCUAUUAAGAACCUGAAACUAAAUGUCACUGAAGCUGUUAAGAUGGGUGUUGUUGGCCCAGAGUUUAAAGAUAAACUCCACUCAGCUGAACGAGCUGUCACAGGCUACAAGGACCCUUAUUCAGGCAAGAUCAUCUCACUAUUCCAGGCUAUGAAAAAGGGCCUCAUUCUGAAAGACCAUGGCAUUCGUCUGCUAGAGGCUCAAAUAGCUACUGGUGGAAUCAUUGAUCCACAGGAGAGCCAUCGCUUGCCAGUUGAAACAGCAUAUGAACGUGGCCUCUUUGAUGAGGAAAUGAAUGAAAUCCUCACUGACCCAUCUGACGACACAAAGGGCUUCUUUGACCCCAACACUGAGGAAAAUCUCACCUACCUGCAGCUGAUGGAGAGAUGUAUGAUAGACCCAGAAACAGGCCUUGCCCUGCUGCUUCUGAAAGAAAAGAAACGUGAAAGGAAGACAUCAUCCAAGUCUUCAGUUCGCAAACGCAGGGUCGUCAUUGUUGAUCCAGAAACAGGCAAAGAGAUGUCUGUGUAUGAGGCGUACCAAAAAGGGCUCAUUGACCACCAGACCUAUCUCGAGCUUGCCGAGCAGGAGUGUGAAUGGGAGGAAAUUACCAUCACCUCAUCUGAUGGAGUUGUAAAAUCCAUGAUCAUUGACAGAAGGUCAGGGCGGCAGUAUGACAUUGAUGAUGCAAUCUCAAGGGGCCUGAUUGACAAGUCGGCUCUCGAUCAGUACCGUGCAGGAACUCUGUCCAUCACAGAGUUUGCAGACAUGCUGUCUGGAAACAUGAGCGGUGUUAGAUCACGUUCAUCCUCCUUUGGCUCCUCUUCCUCUUACCCCAUGAGCCCAAUACCUUCUAUAAAAACACCAGCAACCACAUGGAACGACCCAACAGAGGAAACUGGUCCUGUGGCUGGAAUCUUAGACACAGAAACACUGGAGAAGGUGUCCAUCACAGAGGCCAUACACAGAAACCUUGUGGACAAUAUAACAGGUCAAAGGUUGCUAGAAGCUCAGGCCUGCACAGGAGGCAUUAUCGACCCAAACACUGGAGAGAAAUUCUCUGUAGCAGAUGCAAUGAACAAAGGGCUUGUGGAUAAAAUCAUGGUGGACCGAAUCAGUCUAGCCCAGAAGGCGCACAAUGGAUUUGAGGAUCCCAGAACCAAAACCAAAAUGUCAGCAGCCCAAGCUCUAAAGAAAGGCUGGCUCUACUAUGAGGCUGGGCAGAGAUUCCUUGAGGUCCAGUAUCUCACUGGUGGAUUAAUUGAACCAGAUGCUACCGGCAGAGUCUCCAUAGAUGAGGCUGUGAAGAAAGGCACCUUAGAUGCACGCACUGCACAGAAGUUACGAGAUGUUAGUGCAUACUCAAAAUAUCUCACAUGCCCUAAAACCAAGCUCAAAAUCUCUUACAAGGACGCUAUGGAAAGAAGCAUGAUAGAGGAAGGGACUGGACUGCGACUACUUGAAGCAUCAUCUCAGUCAAGCAAAGGCCUCUACAGUCCCUAUAGCAUUAGCGGGUCAGGCUCCGCUACUGGGUCACGGUCUGGCUCAAGAACUGGUUCUAGGUCAGGCUCCAGAAGAGGCAGCUUUGAUGCCACAGGAUCAAGUUUAACAACAACCUUCUCUUCUACUUCCUACAGUUCACCAAGCUAUGGCCGCCGAUACUGAUGAGUUUCAAAGUUAAGGAACGGUUACUAUGGGAGGGAUACACUAAAAAAACAAAAACAAGUGUUCACCAGAUGCCUAAUUCUCAGUGGAAUAAGGACUACUUUUAUUCUGCUCUGCAUGUGGUUAUUACAGGACUUUAAUAUUUAAUUUUAUACAAGUUGAAUAAUUUUGUUUAUUUUAUAUUUCACAUUCACUUUUAGUUUAUGCUAUCUUUCUGAUUACAGAACUGUAAGCAGCAUAUGCAGAAGCUGUUUAUUAUUUCCAAUAUCUAUCACAAAUAUUACUAAUGUACUUAAUAUUUUUUUGGAUUGUAAAGUUUAAUAUCAUAAGCAUUUACUGUUCCACAAACAAGAUUCUAUUUACAAUAUUGUGUGUGUUACACUAUAACCGAAACAUAUUACCAUUAGCCUGAUUGUUAUGGAGAACCAAACUGAUUGUACAAACAAAGAUUUCUGUAUGUGUGUAUAUUUCUGAAUACUCAAAAAAAAAUAGCUAAAGAAAGAUAAAUGCCACUCUGCAGAGCAGAAUAAGGAUUCUCCCGAUUAUGAAACAUUAACACUGAAAAUUUCGGCUUUAAGAAUGCCACGCUUCAAGAUCUUUUCUUCCCUGGGCUUCUCUGCCGGAUAUACUCUCCCAAUAUCUUCUCCAUUUCACAAUUGUCUGUCAUAACAUCUGGAGUGAAUCUGGAAUCAACCUCAAAGAGCAAACUUCCACACAUUGAAGGAAUAUGUAGAAUAGUAUAACCAUUAACACCAUCUGACAGGUCUGGACUUUACACAUCCAACCUCAAGACCAACACAUACAAGUCCCUGCCUUUCUGGACACUUUAAAAGAUAUUGUCUUCACAGUUCAUGUCGUCUUCAGCUCUUUGUUCAGAUGUCUUCCAGAGACCUGUGGCAUUAAUUUGGACUUUGACCUUCACUGUAAUCAAUGAUUUUAUGCAACAGUACAGAAACACACAUACUCGUACAAUGUUUCAUCAGAUUCUUUUAACAGUAGAAAAUUUUAUUCUAAUUUUGAACUCACUUAAAGUCCUAAACCAUGCUUUGUAAGUGCCUGCAAAAUACUCUAAGACUUAAUUGGGACGUUGAGUAUAUGAGAUGGUGCAGUGGUUACACUGUAAACUGACUGAUGCAUGACUGAGUCCAGUGCUACCCAUAAUAGUAUGAUUACUGUUAUCAGGUAAGCCUUUUUACAGUGAAACGGCGGCAAUGUCAUCUAACUUUAAAAUAAUAACAGUUCAUUUAAGUGUCAAAACUGGUUGAAAGCGAUUUUAAUUUUUUUUUCCUUCACGAGUAAUGUAAUGUACAGUAUGUUCUGUAUAUUGAUGAUUAUCUAGAGCACUAUUGCUAAAAGCCAUUAAUUAACAUUUCUUUGAGAAAGAUCUUUAAGCUUUUCCACCAAACCCAGUAUUUGUAUUUUCCACCAUAUACUUGUUCUGAAUUUAAUUCUCCUUUGUAAAGCAAGUUAUUUUAUUUUCGUACUCUAUAUUUCUGCUUUGCAUGAUUUAGUUACAGUUAAAAGGUGCAAAAAUGAAAUAGUUGUAUCCAUUAAAGCUUUUGUUUUAUUAUUACAUUUCAAAGGGUUUGAAGGAUGUAUUUUAAUGAGGGUUAUCAAGCCUUGGUUAAAAUGGUGUAUUUAUAAUAAAUGGUGACAAGGAAUUUUAUUGUAACACCUUAUGCUAUGUAAAUAAACAUGGAAAUGAAACGUU